AUGUCGUCCUACUCCAGACAUGCUACUGGCCACCUCUUCGUGCCAGGUCCGUCGACGAGGCCGCUACCCAUCUGGGCAGCUGUGGUUCCACCGCUGACCUACUACGUCGCCCUCUUUCUACUACCGCCAUUAUCCUCCAAAUCGUUCUCACGCCCAGUGAGGAGAGCAGCCUCGGCAGUACGAACCGUGCUGGCUUUGGUCUCCAUCUACACGUUUGCAGCACUCCCGUUCAAGUACUUUUAUCCUGGAAGCGCGAUUCUUACGUACCAGCUCGGGCUCGUUGGUCUCUACGGUGCCUCCCGCGUGCUCGAUAUCUUCUUCCUCUCGUACCCGCGCAUUCCCCGCCGUAUCUUCAUCUCGCCAGCGGGAAAGCGCCCGGACGGCAAGGGUGCCAACAUCGUGCAUCCGUACACGUCUGCGAGGAACGAAACGUGGAAGACCGAACCGCUGCCCAAGAAGCUCAUCUCGUUCGACCGUGCGUGGUGGGCUCUCGACCUCAUGAUUAGCAUGCGAGGCAUCGGGUGGGACUUUGCUUCGGCUGAUGUUCGCCACGAUUCUCACCCCUGGCAGCCGCCAUCGUCUGCACAGCUUCGACGAGCUUUCUUUAAGCUGUUGCCAAUCCUCGUUGGAUGCAUCUGGACGAUCCACAACCUGCAUCCGAAGCACCUCUCUACCCUGAAUCCGACCAUCUUGGAUCUGGAUCCGGCCAGGCGGGUUCUGUUCGUCGCGGCGACCGGCAUCUCGCUGUACACGCUCUUCGACUUUGGCUACACGCUCACGAGCGCAUUUGCUCUACCAAUCCUUCACGAUGCCGUGGUCCCUGCCGUCUCGUCAAAGGCCGUGCUCAAGAGCAACCGCAAGACAAUCAAGGGAGACCGCCUCAAGCAGCUGCGCGGUGCGAAGGGUGGGGGAGAUGAUUCCGAGACCGAGACUGAAACGGAGGACGAGUCGCCGCUGGCGUUGGAAGCCAGACAGAUGCAGCACCAGCAGCUGACGCUGCGCAACAUCGACUUCUUCCCGCUUCUCAAUCCGGCUGGAUACACGCAGGCUACCACGGUGAGGAGAUUCUGGAGCUAUGCCUGGCACCGUCUCUUCGGACGUCCCUUUGGCGUCUACGGUACGCUUCCCUUCACCUACAUCGCCUAUCUGAUGGAGGACCUGUGGCAAGGCAAGCUCAACGACCCAAAGCGCAAGCAAGCGAGACGAGAGAUCUGGCCCUCGUAUCACCCUGACCCCAUGCGCGCGCUCGAGCGCGGCAGGGCAGACUGGGCCAAGGUGCUGGGAGCUUUCACAGCGUCCGGCUUCAUCCAUGCGGUCUCGGAACGCGCUGCACUCGGCGGAAGGAUCGCUGUGCCCGUCACCAAUAUCUGGCUCGAAAGGGCCCAUGCCAGGGGCAUGGGUCAUGAGCUUCGUGCGCACCCGAGCUUGGCAGCUGUAGGCAUCUUCAAGUGGAGCCCACUGCAGUUUGUACCGCCCAUCUCGGGAGCGGGCGAGUUCAGCUUCUUCUUCCUCAACGGUGUGGCCGUGAUCUUAGAGGGGGCGGUUGCGCGGUACGUCGAAAAGACGAGGAAACGUUCCAGCGCCGGCGGCAAGUACUUUAGCAUGUGGUACGACCGCCCCAUCUCGAUCGUCUGGACGCUCACGGUGCUGCUAUUUACCGGGCAGGCGUUUGUGGAAGGCUGGAUCCGCAGCGGCAUCAGCAGAGAGAUCGGCCUUGUCCUUAGCUGA